AUGUCGGUCGUGCUGCAUUGCGGUUUUAAGGCAAUUGAAAACCUCGAGGCUCAUUUCCGACCAUCGACGCUUGAAAAAGGACGCCAGCUUUAUGACAACAAUCAUGUGUAUCGUGUCAGAGAGGUGAACGGCACGGACAUCUCGGCGAAGUGCUUGUCACAACAAAGCAAGCAGGCUUACGACGUCGAACUCCAACUGUCGAUCGCGCCUCGAACUAUACUGAAGGGGACGUGUACGUGCCGUUACGGCGCCCUCGGUGACUGUAAACACUGCGCAGCGGUGGUAUUUUAUACCAACCUGCACGAGGACGUGUCGUGUACGAGCGGCCCGCAGUCAUGGGGGAAACCAUCGAGGAAGCCCGACCAUGACGACAAAGUGCCACUGAGAAAGCUGUUUGGAGGUAGGAUGCUCUUGCUUUCUGUUCUAUGUGUUUCGCUAUAUUAUUUAGCCUUUUUAUCCUAUCCCUUUGUGGGAAACAAGCAGCCUGCAGAGCUGCCGCCUACCUACGUCACCCAACAUUUCGGGGGCAUUGAAUCCCCUUUUACAACUGUACUUAAGGAGAUGGAGAAAAGUGAGGCGGAGAUUAGGUGGCACAAGGAACGAAAAGUGCGCAUCAGCAGCACAGCAGCUCAUACAAUUUUGCGUACCCGCAGAGGCCCUAAAGAGAUUGUUCACAGCCUUCUCAAGUCCAAUUUUUUUUCGUCCGAGGCUACAACAUAUGGAAUACGUAUGGAGCCAGUGGCCAGGAAGGACUUUGAGCAGCAGCGUGGUGUUACGGUGACAGAGGUGGGCCUGUUACUUCACCCGCAACAGCCAUGGCUUUGUGGAAGCCCUGAUGGAAUUUUUUCUCUCUCUGGCGAGACAUGCUUGCUGGAGAUAAAGUGCCCAUACAGAUGCAUUGACAGAGGGAUUUUUGACGAUUCAGGACACAGCAUCCUUGACUAUGUGCAUCAUGUUGAUGGAAACCCCAUACUAAGGAAAUCGCACAGAUACUAUACACAGGUCCAGAUUUUGAUGUACCUGCUUAAUGCAAAGCAGUGUUUCUUCUUUGUAUAUUCAAAGAAGCAGAGCGUGACCAUGGUUGUCGGUAGGGAUGAUGCUUUCCUUCAAGAGGCCAUUCCAACUCUUGAACAAUUUUAUUUUCAGUGGAUUUUGUGUGAACUUGUAAGGCGACAAAGUUAGUAGAAUGAAUGAUGCCUCGCUCUAGAGUGCUACUUCUAUUUACUGAAUAGGGUUUUUCAACGCUUGGUAUACAAGUAGAAUGCAUUUCAUUUUAUUUAAAAGACAUCAGACUUGCUUUUCUUGAUUUCAUUAAGGUAGAAUAUUUCGGGGUAGGGAGCUUGGGCAGGGAUCAAACGCUGGAAGAGACAGUAUAGUAUAAAGACUAGUGCAAGUGACCGUUGCAUCCUGGCGGCUAUACCAUGCUGUAUUUGGGUGAACGUGAGACUGUUCAACAUUUCAGGCGUCGGAACAUGCAUCGCAUUAUAUUUGGUUCAAGAAAUGAAUAUAACAAAUUUCUUUUUUUCUUGAUUUUCCCUGGCCCUUCAAACUACAGUAAGCUAAAUUACUAGGCACCCCCGCAAUAACUAAUGUGUAUGAAGCCAUGUUUGAUUGUGCCACAGGCCUUUCUGCAGUGCUGCCUGUUCAAUAACAUUUAUGGAAUGGAGGACGAAGUAGCUCUUGCCGACAUAACUAAGACGUCAACAGUGAUGCGUAAAUUUUGGCUGCGCUCUUCCUUUCACUGUAUUUUGCCACUACAGUUCAUAGUAACAGUGAGUAAUGCCCUCGGCGGACACCCUAUUUUGUACGUCGUUUCUUGUU